GCGAGGGCAUUACGUGCGUGUGUGGACGGUACACCUCCAAAUCAAUGGCAGAUUUCUAGGCUUUUACGCAGAUAUCUGUAGAUUUUCAAAUCUAGUUUGAUCCAGUGAUUCCAGAGGAUUCAUACAGUGGUUUUUUAUGCCGCGCUUUGUCGUUUUCGAGCAAUUUCAGGGUCGGAAGCCAUUGUUCAACCGUCUUUGUUCGUACACCGUCUGGAUUGUGUCUGCGUGUAGCAAGCAUUGGAGUGAAUUCAUAAUCGUGUGCAUACACCAUACCCAUACCACUGCGGUAAAAGCAGGCAGGAGAAACGGCAGGAUCACGCACGCACACUACACCGAUGUCAAUGACUGCACGGCAUGCAUGGUAUCUCUGGUUGUUAUAGGCCAGAGUUCCUGCGAUGCUUGUGUAGUAACCUACCCAUAUCAACUACCACCUCUGUUACACCAUGCCAGCAUUAGACUUUAACGUCAAGUAUUUCUGUGAGAAUUUGCGUGCAACUAAACCCCCUUACGAGUGUCCAGUCAAAGACUGCGGUAAAAUAUAUAGAAGCCAUUCAGGUAUUGAAUUUCACUUGAACAAUUUUGAUCAUGGAAAACCCGGCGGCAACGGGUACUCAACUCCAAUGAAGCGAGGAGGUGGAUGGAGGAAACGGGUACCCAAUCGGCAGAAUCGGCGUUCCCCAUCGCCUUCGGUUAUCCGAUCCCCCACACGGGAAGCCCUGACGUAUGCUCAGGCACAGAGACUGGUUGAAGUAGACAUUGAUGGUCUUGUACACAGGCUGGAUAUCCACGAGACAAUAGACAUCCUCACUGAGGAUGAGUUUGAGAGUGAGACGAGUGAAGAGGAGAAAAAUGAGAAACCCCUGAGUAAGGCUGGCAAGUCAUUGGAUCAAACCAAGCAGCGGAAGGAUGUUGGGAGUGCAUCCUCCAUGAAGCUCCCAGAGGCCUCUUAUAAGAUCCUGGACGGCUAUGAAGAGCCUCCAGAUUUGCCAGAUCGUCCACAGGCGUACUUUCGCUUCAUUGAGAAAUCCCGUGAGGAGCUUGAUGAAGAGAUCGAGUAUGACAUGGACGAAGAGGACUAUGCCUGGUUGGACAUGAUGAAUGAAAAACGCAGAACAGACGGACUCCCCACAGCGUCUCAGGAGGUCUUUGAAACACUGAUGGAUCGGCUUGAGAAAGAGUCCUACUUUCAGAGUCAGACAUCAGGAAAGACGGACAACAAUCAGUUCAUCGAUGAAGAUGCAGUGUGCUGCAUCUGUAAUGACGGGGAGUGCCAGAACAGCAAUGUGAUACUAUUCUGCGAUAUGUGCAACCUUGCUGUGCAUCAGGAGUGCUACGGUGUGCCGUACAUCCCUGAGGGACAGUGGCUGUGUCGUCGUUGCCUUCAGUCGCCGUCCAGAGCGGUGGACUGCGCACUCUGUCCUAAUAAAGGUGCUGCGUUCAAACAAACUGACGAUGGACGCUGGGCCCAUGUUGUGUGUGCUCUUUGGAUCCCCGAAGUGGGCUUUGCCAACACAGUAUUCUUAGAACCCAUAGACAGCAUUGAUCACAUCCCAGCUGCCAGGUGGAAACUCACUUGUUAUAUCUGUAAGCAGCGAGGUGUUGGCGCUUGCAUUCAGUGUCACAAAGCAAACUGCUAUACAGCCUUCCACGUGACCUGUGCCCAACAGGCGGGACUCUUUAUGAAAAUGGAGCCGAUACGAGAGACCAACAUCAACGGGACGUCCAUCAGCAUCAGAAAGACAGCCUACUGUGACAUUCACACGCCGCCGGAGGUCGAGAAAAAACCAACCAUACCUAACGAUAAGAUCGUUGAGAAUGACGAGACGGGCAAGGGAAUUUCGGCAAAGAAGGCCAAAGCACAGUCAAGAAAGAACAUGAGAAAAGCUAGGAAGAUCCUUGCUGAAAAACGAGCUGCUAUGCCAGUUGUGUCCAUGCCUUGUAUACCACCUCAGAGGAUUGCCAAAAUAACAACUAAAGUAAGUUUACAAAAGAAGCAACAGUUUGUUCAACGGCUGAUUAGUUACUGGACACUGAAACGGCAAUCUCGCAAUGGCGUGCCCCUGCUUCGACGUCUACAGGCCCACCACCAGUCGCAACGGAACAAAGACUCGGUACCACCGCGCGAGAACCAGAAAGCCAACAAGUUGAAAGAGCAGCUCAAGUACUGGCAACGGCUCAGGCAAGACCUAGAGAGAGCUAGGCUCCUUGUGGAGCUCAUCCGUAAACGAGAAAAACUGAAACGAGAACAGAUCAAGUUGAAUCAGAUGACAAUCGAGAUGCAACUGCAGCCGUUUAACAUUCUACUCAGGAAUACUGUGGAACAGUUAGAGGAUAGAGACCCAACUAGGAUCUUUGCCGAGCCAGUCUCAGUGGAAGAGGCACCAGACUAUUUCCAAGUGAUCAAAAGCCCAAUGGACUUCCUUACAAUGAAAAAUAAGGUCCAAGGUCACGAGUAUCGGACCAUUGAUGAAUUUGAGGCAGACUUUGAUCUGAUUGUCAAGAACUGCAUGUUGUACAACAGCAAGGACACCGUGUUCUACCGCGCCGCUAUCAAACUCAGAGAUACGGGUGGGUCAGUCAUCCGUAACGCCAAACGCAUUGUCGAUAAAAUCGGCUACGACCCUGUGACUGGGUUCCACACGGACAUCCCCCCAAACUUCAAAGAAUUGGAAUUCGAUGUGAACGACUUUGAAAAUGCUUUGUCUCCUGCUCAUCGGGCAGACAUGACGUUAGAGGACCAACUACGGGAACUGCUUGAAAAGCUCGACAUGACGUGUACAAUCAAGCACGGUGCUGCGCGUACCUACCGCACCAAGCAGCUUCGCAAAGAGAUCAACACGAUCCGCAGGAAGCUGGCUCAACAGAGAAAUCAGGGGACCAAGGGAGAGUCACUGAACAAGAAGGGAGCAGAGAAGAGAAAAAUGUCCACAUCUGCAACAUCUGCAACGUCUACAGAGGGUUCGUCCAAUGAGGAUGAAAGCGACUGCCCUGCACCGAGUGACUCAACAGAACCUCCAAAGCUAUCUCCAUCCAGGCCUGCACCGAUCUGCAUUCGGAGCAAAUCCUCACCCACCAGGGCAUCCCCUAUGCGCCCCCUACCGAGGACACCAGGCAGAGGGCGUGGUCGGGGUAGACAGAGGGUCUCCCGCUCCAUGUCUGAACCUCAUACUGGGAGCGAUGGGAGUUCUGCACCAACCCUGGAGGUCAAUGAUGUGUCAGAGGUCGUAGUCACGCCUGCUAAAAGUCCGUCCCAUGCGUCUGAUAAAAGCCCCUCCCCAGGUGGGGUCAGUAGAAGGACUUCAGUACUGUUGAGUCGGAAAGCGGGUCGCGGUAAACCUGCAGGGAGUCCGGGGUCGAAACGUGGUGGUGGACGUUUGGGUAAGAGGUCUCUCUCUAUGGACACAGAGAAUGCAACGAAGAGCAACCGUCGUGGAAACCAAGAAGGAAGCCUCCAUAUAGAAACAGAAUAUGAAGGCAAUGUACCGACGACCUCGUCAUCGACUGUUGUCAAUGAGAAUCACACCAGGAAACGAUCACGUAGCCUCAGUGCCAGCAAUACAGACUGCAGCCCGGCAAAAAGACUCCUAGAGUCCAGUGUGACAAGUAAUUUACCUAAUGGCUUUGAAGGGGUGAAACCCACGGGGGAGAGUUUUACUAUGUACAGGUCCGGGCACAAUCGGACAAGGAGCAGCUCUGACUCUGAGAGCACUUCCAGCACUAACACCACCACCUCUGGCUCUGUGUCUGAGUCUACGUCCACCAUGGAAGAGGGACACCGACACCGGCGACAUCACAACCGCCUCAACUUACCCGAGGACAGCAGCGGGGACACUUCGUGCGGCGAGAGCACGAGCACCACCAGCCGGAAUCGCCACCACGGUGCGGGUCCAUUCUUGAGAGAAAAACCAGGUAAGACAAGGAGUACGAGCUGGAACUCUGAUGAAGAUGAUAUUCCACUCAGUCCCCUGGACCUGGUCUGGGCAAAGUGUCGAGGCUACCCAUCGUACCCUGCUCUGAUCAUAAAUCCUAAGAUGCCCAGAUCAGGUUUCUUUCAUAACGGUGUUCCAAUCCCAGUGCCUCCGAUGGAAGUGUUGAAUCAACGAGUCGUCAUUGAGGAACAUCUCUACCUUGUGCUCUUCUUCGACAACAAGAGAACAUGGCAAUGGCUUCCAAGGUCUAAGCUGGAACCACUCGGCGUGGACUCGGGUCUGGACCAAGCCAAGUUGAUGGAAGGCCGCAAGUCAGCUGUGCGCAAGUCAGUCCAGCAGGCGUACGACCGUGCCAUGAAACACCGCUGUCGGGUGACCGGAGAGGUCAUUGAGGGGUCAACUAGUGAAUCAAGUGAUGGGUUUGGGGAUAGAUUAUAAUUAGAAAGGAUUAGUGUUCCGUAGUCUUGACAUGAAUGCUAAAUUCCUCUUAACUUAAGGAGUCGUUUUCGUGUUGUAAUUUUGUGCAUGUAUGCAAAACAUACCCUGUUUGUAUGAAGUCUUUUUUUGUUUUUAAUUCAAGGUGUCUGCAAGAUGUCUUCAGUGGUUCUAGCACCUGUUGAUGGUGUACAUAAGUCCCCAUCCUGACCAAGGUAUGAUCAGGGUAUGUUUUGAAUGCUGGCAAAUGUUGCUUUUCUUAAAUGACUUCAGUGGAAGGCUCAUGUCACACGAGGCAACCAGCAGGCAACCAGUUCCAGGCAACCUUCAAUAAGAAAAGGCAGUCUCAAUUGAAUGUUCACAUAUUUUUCUUGGGUAUACUAUUGUAAAAAAACAAAAACAAAACUUUAGAAAAUUACUUCUGUGCUACCAAAGUGGUCCUGUAGCAUGCGAUUCAGUUGGUUGCCUCCAAGUUGGCUCAUGUGACAAAGCCCCUGAGAUUGAUGUAGACAACUCUGCUCUGUUGCACUGUUCUGCCCCCAUUCACACCGACAACUUUUCUGGGUAACUCCAAAGAAAAAUGUCGUUGACCUUUUCACACUUCAUGUGCUUACUCUGUGGAACCUGUGAGAUAGUAGUUUUUCCCCCCCAGGAAAUGGUACCUGCUUAGGAGUAGGGUUAGAUGAGAGAACCUUAGGGUUAGCAUACCGAGUGUGCUCAUUGUCAACAGGACAGUUGCAUUAAGCGUGAGACAAACAUGGAGUCGUGAGAGGUUGACCAUUUCCAAGGAACUUCCUGGUUGUUUUGGGCAGGUUUUUUUUCCCAUGAGAAUUGAGUCGAAAGUGUGAAAAUGGCAUGAGUCAGAAAGGCUGUUUCUUUAUUGGGAGACCAUAGUGGAAACUUUUUGAUGAAGUUUCUAUUGUACCUCCUUGCAUAUAAGCUAGAGGUCAAACGAGGGGAAAAGUGCAUGCAUGUACAUGUACACGCCACGCGCAACAUUCAGCCACUGAUAUUUGUAUUGCUUUUUACCUCAGUGAGGGCGCUGUUUAUCUUAUGACGUCAUAUGCAAGGGGUCUGUUUAUCUUCUAAGAGUGACUCCUCCCGAAAGUUGGCUUUGAAUGUGGCUUCGGCUGAGUUUGAAAGAUUUGGUUAAAUUGCAGACCGACUUUUUAAAAAGAUGCCUAGAGACUGCCACCAAGAGUUUUUCCUUGUCCAGGCAGAUAAUUUUGUAUACUUCAAGCAAAUUAACAAACCAUUUAACUGCAAGGGUUGUGUGUGGUGGCAAAACUGUGCACAUGUUUUGUCAACUCGGUAAAUCAAGGUCCUCUUUUUGUUCUCCCUUUUUUAGAUCUCCUUGUUUUUUGUUUUGUACAUGAAAGUGAAGAGAGGAUAAUCUCACUCUGUCAAAACCCCCAGAUCCCUUUUGUUCCAUUUCCUCGGUAGAAAACGGUCACCGAACUGUGUACAUGACUACAGUAACCACAUGAUGACUUAUUGCUGGUUGGCAUUGUCAAUCUAUCAUCAAAAACACCAAUUAAUGGUAUUGAAUGGUCAGACAGUAGGAGGGUUGAUGUAAUGUGUAGAUGCCAUCACCAAAUUACACCAUACUGCAGGUUUGCAUAUUUUAUAAUUCAAAACCACACUUGGUGAUAUGAAAUGAUCAGAUAGUAGGAGGGUUAACAUUCAACACUCAUUUUAGAAUUAUUCAUUAUAAGUAGACCGCCAUGUCUGCCUUGGCGCACAGUGAAAGCCAACAGCCACAGCCACAUUGAAAGCCAUCUGGUAGGAUCAUCCAGGUAGCUGUAGCCAUUCGUGGCUAGAUGCUAUUUUUGAUGGGAACCAAUAAAGAAACAAGGUGACAGGACGGAGUCCUGCAUUUCUUAGUUUUUGUGUGUUGUAGGAUGUUGAGGAUGUCAAUUUUUCUUUUUAAUAAAUUGUUUUUAAUGUUUACUAGUUUCCAAAACCAAAAAAUUAAUUACAGAAAUUACUUCUAGAUGCAUUGAUGAAUUUUUUUUACCGAUGACAUGAUCUGUUUUCUUUUAUAGCACCAAAUAAUAUUGUUAAAGACUCUGAAUAGAAAAAAAAUGGACAGUCAAAAUAUCAAGGAGUAACUGAUCAGUGCUUGUGAACAUUUGAAACAGUAACUUGCUUCUUGUUGUAGAACAUUUGUGUUAAGCAUUUGUGUGCUUCACAAGUUGUGAAGACACUUUGGUUGAGCACUGAUUCACAAUGCAAUGUUACUUGUUUGUAACAUUCAGCACUGGCUAGUAAGCAAACCUUUUUCCCUGUUCUUACUGUUUCCUGGGUUGGAAACAGAAAGCGCAGUAAAGCGAACAAUCGACUGUUACCUGGGUUGAAUGAAAUUUUGCCCUGGCUCCUAAUAUCAUAGAAUUGUUAGACAGAAAGCAUCGCCACCAAUUCCUUGAGAUUCCACAAGCAAUAAUUGCCUACCAGUAGUAAUCGUUAGUUUCUAAGUGACGAACAUAAAAUAACUUUGUGUGCUGUGACCGAACUAAAAAAUAUGACAAUUAGAAAAUGUAUCAAAUUAAUAACUGCCCGUGUUAAAACCUUUUUUAUGAAUCACACACAAAACCCCAAAACAACAACAAAGAAUCGUCUGGCUAGUGGAAACAAAGCGGCAAAUUCAUCCACAAAUUAGAAUGAUUGACUUGAUGCGAAAACCCCCUUUUGGUAUCCCACAUGGUUUCAUUAUAAACAAAAUGUAAUCCUUUUUACACUCCAUACAUUUUUUUAAUAUAGGGUGCGUUCAAUUAGCUUC